AGCAGAGGUACGGGGAGGCUUAGCUCCGAAGAUGCCGAACACCUUCUACAUCCCUUCAGGUUGCACCGAUGCAGCGGUCACAGGAGACUACAACUUUAUCCUGAAUGGGAAUGACAGAGGCUGGCCUUUGUACCAAUAUCCUCAAGAGGAGAUCUAUGAGUUGGAGACGGGUUUGGAAAAGGCAAGCUUCACCUAUGAUCCUACGGCCCAGCGAUGGGUGCUGGAGAUCGCAACUGGUGCUGUGGCCCAUGCCUACACUGCAGCCUCGCUUCCGGAAGGAGCAUUGAUCAUGACUGCAGAAAGUGGUAGCUCUCCUUCAUGUCGGCGACCAAUGGUGCGAGCAGAUCCUGCGACCAGUUGUUCCUGGCGUUUUGGCUUCAGCCAAAAAUCCAAGAGAUAUGAGUGUCGCGAUGGGACGAUCUGCAGCAACGAUAACGAAGAUUGCUGUUCAAGCAAUGGAGGUCUGUACCGGUGCCCUUACGAUCUCCCGGUGAUGUGUGACACGGCCACUGACAAUCUCUACACCUGUGCUGCAUCUGUUGAUGAGUGCACAUCACUGGCACUAGGCGGUGCUCGAACUUGUCAAGGUCUGGCAACAGACUCAACGGCCGAUGGAUGUUUUGUAUCAGGAGUCAGCGGGACGACCUUCUCAACCGUGAUGACUGAUGGGACACUCACUGAGUCCAGUGCAGAGGACUGCCAACAUCGUUGUCGCACCACUGGAGGCUGUGCACAUUUCUCGUACUACCCAAGCUCAGCUACAGACAACUGCAAGCUUCAUGAUUCUCUGGCAGUGGAAGGCAAUGAGUCAGGAACUACCUCAGGCCCGCCAACAUGCUUGGCGAGUGUGUCGACCGUGAACAACGCAGAUCCGGAUGUGAUUGGUUUCUUCCGGGUGUACUACCAAUGUACCGACUCGACGGGUGCUCAAGUGGGGCUGUCUCGUCUGGUGGAAGUGGGCUGUGAGGGGCCAAACCCUGAUGGUGUAUAUGGUGGCAACAUUGUGACUUGCGACACAGUUCAGACAGGGCCCGAAAAGACUGCAGACUAUCUGGCAUGCCUCAAGAUUUGUACUGCGAACUCUGUCUGCGAAACCUACGAGUUCUAUGGAGGCAUCUAUGAGGAUGGUGGGAACUGCACCACCUACUCCGGCUGCGAUGGUGUCUAUUCCGAAGACACCGAUAGCAAUCGCCAGGUGGGGUACUGUCAGCGCAUCAACCACUAUCCCAAGAUCUAUGUGACCGCAUCCGCGCGCACCAUGAAUUUGGGGGACACCUCCUGGGUGGAAGGAACUGUUGAAUGCACGGACUAUGAGGAUCCGUAUCCUCCGGAGCCAACCACUGUGACCACCUUCGACCGCGACGUUGCAGGGGAGUAUGUUUUCUACUACACCUGCGAGGACACGAUUGGACAGCAGACCAAGGGCAACCGCACCGUCACCGUGAAGGACAACUGCGAAGCGCCGUCAGGAGUUGCGAAUGCAGAGGAUCCUCCUUGCGAAGAAGGUAGUGGACCAUUCGCUCAUGGCACCAGUUGUACGACAAUUUGCCAGGAGGGCUAUAUGACUUCGAGCUCUGGAUCCUUGCUGACUUGUACAACUCAGAGUGAUUCAGACUAUAAUUCAGUUUGGGAUAAUCUCGCUAAUUUUGUGUGUGGCGAUCAGCCCUGCGAUGCCCCAGCCGUGUCCGAGAACUUGAAGGACACUGACAGUUGCCAAGAGGGGACGUCAAUCCCCUCCGGUGGAACUUGCACACCAAACUGCGCGGAAGGCAACAGUCCGACCUAUGUGCCCACCGCGAGCAGCUUGUCCUGCGACAAGGGAGUGCUCACGCCGACGACCUACGAGUGCCAUGCGGUCGCCUCGGCGCCGAUCUACGUCACCUACGAGGAGAGAAAUGUCGAUUCCAUCGUGGUCGCAUGGUCCAUUGGUGACACCUCGGACUGUGUGUUUCAGAGUUGGCGUUUGCAGUACCUGCUGACCAACUCAUACACCGGCGAAGCAGCCUGGAGCGAGUGGAUUGAGAAUGAUAACUGUCCGAACUCCACAUUGACGGGAGCGUCAAGGACAUCUGUCCUCCAAUGCGAAGCCCAAUACUUGGAAGAAGGUAGCACGUACCAGUUUCGAGUACGAGAGGAAUGUACCAAUUCAGACCUCAAUUCCGAUUGGACCACCUCGGAGGAGAUCACCACGACGAUCCUGACACCACCUGCGGCGAUUUUCUACUUGCCCAGCACCGACGUCUACGAUUCGCCUGGAAGUAUCAUGGUUGCCUUCGAUCAAGCCGUUAUUCCAGGCCAACCGAAUCGAAAGGUUGAAGUGAUCAAGUCUGGUGAGAAUUGCGUGCACGACGACGACAAGAACUACACCCAAUAUCCCUCUCAGAUGCAGACCACCUCCCUGGAAGGUGCUGCUGGAAUGGAAAUCGCAGGCUCGCGAAUUCUGAUUAUUACGCCACCGGCGACCUAUUGGACUGGAAGUUGCCUCUACAACGUGACCUUCGACGAGGCCAGCAUUUGGCCAGAUACUACUGGCACCAAGAAGAACAUGACGGCUUUUUGGUAUAACUUCACUUACAUCGAGAUUCCGCCUGAGCUCGUCAGCAUCACCCGGAAUGAUUCGUCCAUCACCUCCACUUCAGUUGGGUACAGCAUCCAAUGGGAUUUGAGGACGCAGAUGAACUGUACAGCCACGCCCAACGACAUGACAACCUGUGAGACCGACAGGGACACAACCUAUGCCUUGUCACCGACGGCUUCCCGCAGAUGUGAGGACCGGAACUCCACCAACGACAUGAUCCAGGAGGAGCCCACCGAGCCGCAUUACUUUACCAUCGAAGACCUGUACCCGAGCUUGGAAUACUUCGUGACGUGCUCCGGAUGGAUCCCGGGCAAGUUUUGGGUGCCCACCGUGGCGAUUCCGGAUUCCUGGUCCCUUCAACGAACCGUCACCACCUCUGCCGACACGGAGACAGGGAUAUCGAGCUUUCUGCUUACGGUUUACGCUGAAUGUAAAGAUCUGAGCCACCACCAGAUCUAUCAGGCUUACCUGCGGGAGAGUGAAUUUGAAUUAGGCUACACAGCACAGAUUGACGACUGGAUUGCAGCCUGCCAGCCAGGUGUGAGCUUGGAGUUGGAGGAAAGCGUCAACUUCAUCUAUGGUGCUACAGUCGUGACAGUGAGUGAGAACGCCUAUGUGCAGUGGGAAGCGGGGCCCAAUCUAACGGUGACCUACACCAAGCCAGCCGAUGCCACAGAAAGCGCUAUUAUCACGUCCUACGUGAAAUUUACCAUUCAGUCUCUCGCCUGGUGGACCGACCCCUCGGACAGCAACGAACAAGACUUCGAGGUGUUGGCCACCGUGGUGGACAUCGGAUUCAGUUGGCCGAACUUCACCGACAGCACGGUGCCCUACCAGAUGAUCAGUGGUCAGAAUUUGCUGGCGCCGAUGCAUGAAAGCACUGGAGUAGCCUUGCCUGACGGCUACGAAGAGCUGGUCUUGGAUGUGGGAGCAGAGAUGUACUUCCAAAUCAAGGUCUCGCAGACCGGGUUCAACUGGACUGAGGUCUCGCUGCACCUGAUGUCCGUCAGCAGCGACAGUGGUUUCGAGGUGAAUGCCGUUUACCUGGAAGCAGACGGCCAGAUCGCCAAGUAUUACUUCCAGCUGACCGGUCAAGGGACACAGUUGCCCUUCAUCUUGUUGUGGAGAUCAGCAGUUUUCGUGAUCCCUUUGUGGAUCUCCUUUUCGCCUCCAGUCAUCUCCGUUGUUUCUCUCACGGCGCCAAUCACUACGACGCAAGAUGUGGAGGCGUCUUUCAGCAAUGUCCCAGACUCCGUGGAUGGAAGAUCCUUUGCCGAACCAGCAAAGUUCAUGCAGAUGUACAUCAUCAAAUUUGGCUACACACAGGAGCUUUGUGGAGCUACAAGCUUUUCAGGCACCUGGUCGUCUGGCAAAUGCACAUUGGACCCCGGUGCCUUGGAGGAUGUGACGAUCUACUUGAAGAUCUAUAAUCACCAGCAGGGUGACUUUUUGCUGGUCCCUGGGGAUCAAGCUGGAGGCCUCGCAGGUGUCAUUAGCUACAAGCAGCCGUCGAUUAAGGAGAUGGCCUCCGAUGUGUUGAACGCAUUGAGAGAAGGUAUAUUGGACCUGGGAAAGAUUGUGAAUACCUUUCCCGCCUACAUCUACAUCACAACUGGGGAGAUCUUCCCUCAAGUGGGGAACCUAAAGCUCCAGGGCGGAGCAGUACCAGGUUACAAGGUGGAGUUGGUGUCACCAUCUGGCUCCUGCGAUGGUGUGCAGUUAUGUCAAAGCAUCACUUGGAUCAACGACACCUAUUUGCAAUGCGAAGUGGAGCCCUGCUUGGAUAUCACCUGCUUGCCGCGAGAGCCGAAUGUGAAGCUUUAUUUGGGAGACCUGGAGGGGCAAACCGAGAUGGUGGGCAAGAUCAAUUUCCCGCGUCCCAUCAUCGAAAAACUGGAUCCCACCAUCAUCAAUGAUGUGGGGCUAUCGCGCUACGUGAGCUUCUGGGGCCUUUACUUUUCAGAGCCCAGCUGCCAAGCGAGUCAUCUGGAAUCGAUCCAAUUUGUGAGCAAUGACACCUCCACGCAGAUCACCGUGGGCGAGUUUGCGGCUGCUUGCGUCAUCUCGCUGCACAAUAGCACCUACCUACAAUGCAUGGUCACCGGUGCAGUUCGCAAUGUGCGCGACGUGGCGGACACCAGCAGCCUGGUGCCACCGGCCUUGCUCGAAGACACGCAGACCUUCACAUGGACACUCUGUGGCAUCUAUGUGCCGUUGAACGAAGACUCCACAGGUGUCUAUGCCUCGGAGUUCGAUCCGGAGACUGGCUCAGUGUGGGUCACGCCCACCAUGGUCUUCACUGUGAGCCUGUUGACCUGCGAGGAUGGUUACCGCCGGUCCAGCGACUAUUCCUACAUUUGUAUCCCCUGUGAAAAAGGACAUUGGAUCACCUCCAGCGAGACCGAAUGGCCUUUGCGCUGUUGGCCUUGCCCUAUUGCGACCUACCAGGACAGCGAAGGAUCCACCGGGUGUUCAGCGUGUCCUUCCUUUACGACCUCUCCCCAGGGUGCCGAUGAUGUGACACAUUGCACUUGUUUGCCAGGCUAUUACAGUCCCUACUACGACGAGAGCACUGGGGAAACCUUUCCAGGGACUCCUUGCAGUGCAUGUCAUGAUACUGACCUCAUGGAAAGCUUGGACACGGAUGAAUCAUGUGGAGAUGGUGGAUACAACGUGGGUGAUCUUUGCACUGCGAGGGAUGAGGAUCUAUGCGUCAAUAUGGACACCACGAGCGUGGCCUGGAAAAUUUGUAAGAUCUACUGUCCGGGAGGGACUGCAUGGCCCUUGGCGAAGCGCACCUUCUGGCACCUCAUGCGUUCCAGUGCUGAGUCGGUGAUCGAGGGCUACGAUGCUUACAAGCCCACGGUGCAGAGGUGUUUGCCACAAGUCGCGUGCCUCCCAGGGAACGUCUGCAACAGGGAAUACGAAGGCCAGGCAUGUGCUGAGUGCAAAUUUGGCUGGUUUAUGGAUGCUAGCACGGGACUUUGUGAAGAAUGUGGCGAAGCACAAAAGAUUGGCAUGAUCAUCAUGGCCAUUUUCAGCGUGGUGGGCUCCUUCGGAUGUUUGGUGUUUUUCGCAUUUUUUAUGCGCUUCAAUGCAGACAUCGUCUUCAAACGGGAUAUGCUCAUCGCGAUUCAGAUGUACAUCGUCACACCACUGAAGAAGAGCAACUUCUUUGCAAAGGCCAAGAGAAAGUCCGAAGCCCGUAAAGCAGUGACCAUCACGAGAAGCCAACUGGGAAUGAGCCACAGCUUCUCGAAGUACCGCGAGUUGGGAAUGGUCUUCCGAGUGGACGAGAGCCAAAUCGUGCACCUCGCAGGUCUCACAAAGGACUCUCCUCUUCGUGGCAAGGUGGUCCCCGGCUGGAAAGUGAACACGAUCAACGGACGCAGGCUGAAGGUCCGGAAAGAGGGCGAGGUGCAAGAGAUUAUCCAAAGGUCCAACUUCCCCCUGCGUCUCACGUUCUCGGCACCCUUAAAGUCCAAAGAGCAAGAGAAGCAGGAAGCCGACGGCAAGAGCGUGGAUGGGGUGAAUUUCGAGGACGACCGGAAGAUGGUUGUGGUAAUGCUGGGUGUGUUGACGUCCUUCACGAAGGUCUCGGGCUUCGACUUCCAAUGGCCAGACGCCUUCACCGAGUUGGUAAAGAUUGCUCAGAUGUUUUCCUUCAACCUAAACUUCUUCGCCCCGGAGUGCUCUGCCGAGACGCCGUACAUCACCAAGUGGAUUGGGUACUUGGUCUUGCCGUAUUUCAUGAUCAUGCCCUUGACGGCUGCCUACCUCAUGGCAUGUAUGGCCACAUUACCGGGCUUGGGCCCCGAGGCCAAGCAAACCAAGAGGCAGUUGCUGACCAAUGCCUGGGCCCGAUGUAUUUGCAUGGUGUUGUUGGCCUUGCUGCCAUUUCACCUGGACACCAUCCUCAUCCCCUUCGCAUGCGUCUCUUUGGGGGACGGGAUCUAUGUCUUGGCGGAUGUGCCAUCAGUGAAGUGCAGCAGCGCGGAUGAGACCUUCAUGACAAUGUUUGGCGCAGGUUCGCUGGCCAUGUUGGUCUUUGCCACGGGCUUUAGCUGGCUGAUCUACUGCAUUUGGUGCAGUUACCAGUGGCAGCAGGGCACACGCGAUCGAAGCAACAUCCCUUUCUACGUGGCCAUGGUGGAGGUCUCCACCUUUGGGCAGCGAGGCUACACGGCAGAGGUGCGUACGCGAGUGAUGGAGAACGUGUGCGCGGUGCGCGCCUUCGACGUGUCCGCCACGAAGCUCCACGAACGAGAAGCCAAGAUGAGAGCCCGGGAGAUGCUCAAGGGCCGAGACCAUCGGGAGAAGCGCUUUGCGCCGGAGAAGGAGGAGAAGUUCAUUGACAAAAGCGGAGAGCUUGGUCAGGAUGGUUUGCAGCAAAGACUUGCAAUUACAAAGGCGAAGAAGAGAUUUCUGAAGAAGAAUACCUGGCCGUCCAAGGCGGAUGGGAAUCUGGUGACCUACGGCUGGAUCUUCUUGGUGAACACCUUACUCCGGAACCUGCUCUCCAAUGCGGCCAUCAAGCUCACGAGCCAAAAUCUGGUGGUCAUCGGCGCGGGUUUGCAGAUGCUCAUCUUCGCGCUGAAUGUCACCAUGUUGGUCUGUUUGAGCCCAUACAAGUCCCGGUUCGUGGUGAAGACAGAGUCGGUUUUGAUGGGAGUUCUCUUUAUGAUCCUUUGGUGUGCCGUUAUGAAAGAGCUCCUGGAGAGACACACGGAUAGGCACCUUUACGAAGAUAUGGUGGAGACGGUGAACACCAUCAUCACGGCCUUCGCCUUCACCCUGAUGUUCUUUGUACCCUUCGUGCCCAUGUAUUUUGUCUAUCAAGUGAUUAAGAAGGCUGGGCAGCUAGUGACAGGGCCUGAUGCUGUCUUGAACGAGAUCUACAUGACGGCGCACCAGAAGAAGAUGAAGCGUCGAAAGGAAGCCGAAAUGGCAGCUCUCAACAAGUUGGUGGAAAAGGAGGUCGACACGGACGAGAGACGUGAAAUGUUGGCCAACGUAGGACUGGUCAUGCCACAGUUGGAGACGACUCUGGCACGCUUCGAGGAAGCAGGUCUUGGAAAGUAUGUCCUUCCAGAGGUUCAAAAGAAAUAUAUGCUGCGUCUGGGGAAGCUGGCAGGGAAGAUCAACGAGGAACGCGUCUUAGCCAUUGAGGCCGAGCGCAGCCGCGAGGACGCCGACCAAGCGGCCGCGAACCUGGCGGCGUUGCAGGGUCAGAACGCCUCCGAGGAGGAGCUGGAGAUAGCGAGGCUCGAGGUGGAGGCCGCGGAGGUCACCGCCAUCAAGGCACAGACGCGGCUCACGCUCUCCCGGAAGAGUCGACUCACUCAGAUGAAUGUUCCCGCCCUGAAGCGUUGAUGUGGAGGGAACUGAAUUGCUUGAGCGCCUGGUACGCUGGUAACGCAGGCGAUUGCGAAAUGAACCUGCAAUGCUUGGAUGAAGACUUUUUAGAUGAAGAUCAUGGCUGGUUAUGAUAGCAUCACACCAAAUAUCUUUAUAUAUCUACAU